CUUAGUUCUUAGUCAUCACACUUCAAUGAUUGAUUCUACACAUUUCAAUAAUUUCUCAUCUCAAAAUCAGAACAAAAACCUUCGGCGACGAAAAAAAUCAUGAAGGCGAUAGUGAUCACGGAAGCAGGCGGCCCCGAAGUCCUUCAAUUGCUAGAAGUGGAUGCCCCAAAAAUCAAAGACAACGAGGUUUUGAUCAGAGUUGCCGCCACUGCUCUCAACAGAGCCGACACACUUCAGCGCCUGGGCAGGUACCCUCCCCCUAAAGGCGAGAGCGAGUUUCCCGGCCUUGAAUGCUCCGGUGUCGUUGAAGCCGUCGGCAAAGAUGUCCUCCGCUGGAAGAUCGGCGAUCAGGUGUGUGCGCUUGUUGCUGGAGGGGGAUAUGCCGAGAAGGUUGCUGUUCCUGCCGGCCAAGUUCUUCCUGUUCCGCCUAAUAUUUCGUUGCAAGAUGCAGCUAGUUUUCCGGAAGUAGCAUGCACGGUGUGGUCCACCGUGUUUAUGAUGAGCCACCUAUCACAAGGGGAAACCUUCCUGAUACAUGGGGGCUCCAGUGGCAUCGGCACAUUUUCCAUUCAAUUGGCUAAGCACCUUGGAGUCAAGGUUUUCGUGACUGCAGGAACUGAAGAAAAAUUAGCUGCUUGCAAGGAACUUGGAGCUGAUGUCUGCAUAAAUUAUAAGACUGAGGAUUUUGUUUCACGUGUUAAGGAAGAAACUGCAGGGAAAGGUGUGGACGUCAUCUUAGAUAACAUUGGUGCCUCAUACUUGCAACGAAACCUUGAAAGCCUAAACAUCGAUGGGAGGCUUUUUAUAAUAGGUUUUAUGGGUGGAACAACAACCGAAAUCAACCUUGCCAGUUUGCUAUCAAAGCGCCUUACAGUGCAGGCUGCCGGUCUGCGCAAUAGGAGCCUAGAGAACAAAGCUGUGAUUGUAAAUGAGGUGGAGAAAUAUGUGUGGCCAGCAAUAGCUGAAGGCAAGAUUAAGCCAGUGGUUUAUAAGCGUCUUCCACUAGAAGAAGCUGCUGAAGGUCACCGGAUCAUGGAAAGCAGCAAGCAUAUCGGAAAAAUUAUCCUGCUUGUUCCAUGAAGAUUUGUUUGGAAGAUACUGCUGUAGUAAUAAGUUUGUAAGAAACAAAGUCUGUCUUGUUUUGAAUACCAGCUGCCUCUUCACAGUUGUACCUUUGUUCAUAUAUGUAUUAUAAGUUAUUUGCAUCUGCAA